GCGAACAUCCUGGCGGCGAAGAGCUGCCGUGCGCUGCGCAUGCUCGACCUGACGGGCAACCCGGUGGAGAAACUGCGCGACUUCCGGCCCUUCUGCGUGUUCCACGUGCGCGAGCUGGAGUUCCUGUGCGGGCAGGCGGUGGAGGAGAGCGACGUGGCCGAGGCCAACGACAAGUUCGGCGGGCGGCUCGACCACGACUUCCUGCUCAAGACGCCGCACUCGCUCGAGCUCAGCACGCUGCGCACGCUCACGCUCGUGACGCUGCCUAGCGAUGUGCUUCCACUGCUGGAGCGCCUGGACCUGAGCAACAACAACCUGAGCUGCCUGUGGGGGUUGCAUACGCUCCCAUCGCUCAAGACGCUACGACUCAGCUUCAACCUGGUGUCGAGCUUGCGGCCGCCCAACGGCAGCGCGCCGCUGUCGGAGGCGGCGUCGUUCGCGCCGCACUGCCCGACGCCGGCGUCCGCGGGCGGCGCCAGGCCCGCGCCGCCCUUCCCCGCGCUGCGCAUGCUGCUGCUGGACAACAACCGGCUGGCGUCCGCCAAGCUGCUGGGGCUGCGCGAGAUGCCGCGCCUCUCCUCGCUCUUCCUGCAGCAGAACGACCUCGACUCGCUGGACGGGCUGCAGGGCGUCGCCACACUCCGCUUCCUCGUCGUCGACGAGAACAAGAUCCAGCAGAUCGGCUCGGGCGAAUGCCGCGGCCUCAUCUCGCUGGAGGAGCUGUGGGUGGAGAGCAACCGGCUGUCGCAGCUGUUCUUCGCGCAGUCGCUGCGCGGCUAUUAUUCAACAGCUGGAGCAAGAAAGAAUUUAUCUGCGUCAACAACUACAGCACGACCAAGGAAACAAGGAAAAUCUCCAACAACGCCAGCUACAGCAAGGGCAGCCUUCUGUCAGUGUAGCAACCUAAUCUUCGGAUUAUUUGAAGAAUUAAGAAAUAUUACUUUAGUAAUAAUUUUAAUAAGACAUAUUAAUGUUAUGAUUAACUAAUUUCUUUCAUCAGAAAUCGUUAAUUACUAUAAUAUGAUUUAAGAGAUCAUUGAGUCAUCUGAUAAAUAAUUUUUGAUUCAAUUAAUGAAGUUUUUUAAAUUAACUCAAUUACAAUUGGUAUGAAUUGUGGUUGGCACCACAAUUUUCAUUGUCCAUGAUAUAAACGAGGUCGAUUAAUUAUAAAGUUAAUUUGAUUUAAUCGACCUGGAGUUGCAUCAGUUUUUACAGCGAGGGCGGAAAUUGUUCAAGAAUGAAUAACUUCAGCGUCUGAGACUAAUGUUCGGAUUUGAGUAUUUAUUGGUAAAAUAGUUCGAUUAUAAACAUCUAAUAGACGAAAAGAUCUAAUGUUAUCAAAGGCAGAUACAUAGGAAUCAAAUUCUCAUGAUGUUUUUGAAAUUAUAUAUACAUAUGAUCAAUGUCAUUGGUGUCCAAUUGUUUUUAUUGUAAUUAAUGGAUUUAGGGAUUCAUCUAAUAGAUAUAAUAAUCCUAAUGAUGCUAAUGCAAUAAAAUUAGUGUAAUUGCAGGUAAAAUAGUUCAGUUAAUUUC